UGUGAGCUCAGCAGCUUCUCGUCGUUUCUUUUUUUGUAUAAAUUUGAAGAAUGAAGCGCCAAAAUAUCAGAACCCUGUCACUUAUCGUCUGCACACUGACCUACCUUUUAGUUGGAGCAGCCGUAUUUGAUGCGCUGGAGACGGAGAAUGAGAUUCUGCAGAGAAAAUUGGUGCAGCGAGUGCGGGAGAAGCUGAAAACCAAGUACAACAUGUCGAAUGCGGACUACGAGAUUUUAGAGGCGACUAUUGUGAAAAGUGUGCCACACAAAGCCGGGUACCAGUGGAAAUUUAGUGGAGCAUUUUAUUUUGCGACAACUGUGAUAACGACGAUCGGCUACGGUCAUAGUACCCCAAUGACAGACGCCGGAAAAGUUUUCUGCAUGCUCUACGCACUGGCGGGAAUUCCAUUGGGACUUAUCAUGUUUCAGAGUAUUGGUGAGCGAAUGAAUACUUUCGCCGCAAAGCUGCUCCGUUUCAUAAGACGAGCCGCCGGGAAACAACCAAUAGUGACGUCAUCAGACCUGAUUAUUUUCUGUACCGGGUGGGGAGGUCUGCUUAUUUUUGGAGGAGCAUUCAUGUUUUCAUCCUAUGAAAAUUGGACAUAUUUCGACGCGGUGUACUACUGUUUUGUGACUUUGACUACAAUUGGAUUCGGUGACUACGUGGCACUUCAAAAGCGUGGCUCCCUGCAAACUCAACCAGAAUACGUAUUCUUCUCGCUGGUCUUCAUUCUCUUCGGGCUCACGGUCAUUUCUGCGGCGAUGAACCUCCUAGUGCUCCGGUUUUUGACUAUGAACACCGAAGAUGAACGGAGGGAUGAACAAGAAGCGAUUUUGGCGGCUCAGGGACUCGUCAGAGUUGGUGAUCCUACUGCUGAUGAUGAUUUUGGCAGAUUACCACUGUCGGAUAAUGUUUCGCUCGCCUCCUGCUCCUGCUAUCAGUUGCCAGAUGAAAAGCUCCGACACCGUCACAGAAAGCACACGGAGCCGCACGGAGGUCCUCCGACGUUUUCCGGGAUGACUACACGACCAAAAUAUUAAGAAGAAGCUGCAAUCUCUUGAAGUACUUUUUGAUCUCUUAUGUUACUUUUUUGAAAUGAAAAAUUUCAAUAAUACAGACG